AUGGUACGAGACAGCUUUAGUAUCCUUGACAUUGUUCGCAUAAUAGGAGGGCUUUUGUUCUUUAAUGCAAUAUUCUCCUAUUGGUUUACUUCUACAGCAACAUGGGGCUAUCAUGGUAAAUACAUCGAUUGGAGGUAUUGGCAUCACACGAUAUUGGAACCCGAACUACACCUCAGCUUAGACGAGCUAUUUAAAUACACAGGUGACGAUAAUGGACGCAUACUUCUCGCAAUCAAUGGCAGUGUCUAUGACGUGUCAUCCAAUAGAGCUGUCUACGGCCCAAAAGGAUCAUACCACAAUUUGGUUGGUAAAGAUGCAGCUCGAGUCUUUGUCACUGGAUGCUUUAUGAAACCAGAUGAGUACACUUAUGAUCUUAGGGGAUUGGAUGAAAAAGAAUGUGAAAAGGACAUCAAGGGGUGGCAACUAUUUUUCGAAUCCCAUCGUGAUUACUGGUACGUGGGAAAAGUUGAAUUAACGUUUGAUUUUAUCAAUGAGGACCCGCCAAGCCCGUGCACUCACGUCAAGUUCCCAGGACAUAUUUGA